GUAGUAAUAAGAAAUAAUACUGUCCAUGAGUCCACGAGCGGAAGCGCGAUCAAAGAUGGAGAUCUCGGUCCCCCCGACCCUCUAAAAGCGGUACGAUAGAAACUUGCGCUGUUGAACAACGACACGCGGACCCGAAGGGCAUCAAGGUACGCGCACGUUGCUCGGCCAGCACGCGGCCAACUGGUGCACCAGGAUGGAGCUCCGCGUCGGCAGCAGGUACCGACUCGGACGUAAAAUCGGGAGCGGCUCCUUCGGCGACAUUUAUCUAGGCACAAACAUCUCGACAGGCGAAGAAGUCGCCAUCAAGUUGGAAUGUAUAAAAACACGACAUCCACAGUUACACAUAGAAUCAAGAUUCUACAAGAUGAUGCAGGGCGGUGUUGGAAUUCCUGCUAUAAAAUGGUGCGGUUCGGAAGGUGAUUAUAAUGUUAUGGUAAUGGAAUUGUUGGGACCAUCGCUCGAAGAUCUAUUCAACUUUUGCUCUAGGCGGUUUACAUUAAAAACUGUCUUGUUACUUGCUGAUCAAAUGAUAAGCAGAAUUGACUUCAUUCAUAGCCGUCACUUUAUUCACCGCGAUAUUAAACCUGAUAACUUUCUAAUGGGAUUAGGAAAAAAGGGUAAUCUCGUAUAUAUUAUAGACUUUGGACUUGCGAAAAAAUAUCGCGAUAGUCGUACUCACAGGCAUAUACCCUACCGAGAAAACAAGAAUCUUACUGGGACAGCUCGGUAUGCAAGUAUAAAUACACAUAUGGGAAUUGAACAAUCACGGAGAGAUGAUCUCGAAUCACUAGGUUACGUGUUUAUGUAUUUUAACACUGGUAGUUUACCUUGGCAAGGAUUAAAAUCAGCUACCAAGAGACAAAAGUACGAGCGGAUAUCGGAAAAAAAAAUGUCUACGUCCAUUGACGAACUUUGUAAAGGAUUUCCUGUCGAGUUUGCCAAGUACCUGAGGUACUGCCGACAGAUAAGAUUCGAAGAGAGACCAGACUAUUCAUAUCUCCGGCAGCUAUUUCGCUCGCUUUUUCACCACGAAACUUUCACCUAUGAUUAUGUUUUUGACUGGAAUAUGCUCAAGUUCGGUAAUGUAAGGCAGCAAGCGUUGCCAGCAGCGCAGCAAGCGCCUACACACUCUCAACCUGUUAACGUUCCGCUAUCAUCUGGAACAAAUAACGAACAAGAGCACCCCUCUAGAAUUUACACGCGUCAAUGUCUUGCAAAUGCAUCAGGUACUGGAGGAGGACCAACGGUAAGCACUUCGGGACGUCGUCAGAAGCACGAGACGGAACAAGAGGAGCAAGAUAAAAGCGAUCUUCAAGCGGGCGGUACGGAUGGUCAUGAAAAGCGGCGGGUCAGCAUAAGAUUACAUCGUAAUGCAGCAACAGCUGCUGCUGAGAUGCAGCCAAAACCCAAGCCAAUAUUUAAUGCAUUUAAUAUACAAGAUAUAAACACUGCCAGAAUAAUUCCAAGCGUCGAGCUGAUUAUUUUCCAAAAUGUCUUGUAAUUUCCAACCUCCAUAGAUUGACUGAGCUUUUUAAAAAGUUAUAUGUUAAUACUCCAUUUGUUUUAAGAAACCUUCAAAAAUUCAUAAAUUUUAAAUAUUUCAGUGUCACCGGCACUUUCCGUGUAAUAAAAAUUCUUCCAAAAACGUUCAUGACAGUGAACUUCCAAAAUUGAGACAAUUCUGAACUUUGAGUCGAACAUUUUUGGAACUGAAAAAAUUACAAAGUGAAAAAUUUUCAGGUGUAGGCUUUUCCUGCGGGUUUAUUUUUUAUUUUUUGAGAAAAAAUAAUUUGAUUUGACAAUUUUUGGAUUUGAAGAAAAUGAAAAAAAAAAGAAAUUAAUUAGGAAUUAUUAACAUUUACGACUUCUAUUAAAAUUAUUCAGGUAUGAGGCAAAUAAAGUAAAAAUAUUUAUGGACAUUUUCUGACUUUUAUUAGAACAUUUUGGAAAGGUUUUUUUUUUAACUUUUCGUAAUCGUUCAAAAAUAGCAAAAAAAAUGAGUGAUCGGAACUAAUUAUGAACUUUUCCUAGCGGAUACGUAUUACGGUAAAUUCCCGCAAAAUACUGUAAGUAAUACUGUAGUCUACUGCAAAUUUACUGAAUUUUACGGCAGUUGAGUCAAAUUACGAUAAAAUGCGGAAUUUUGCGGUAAAAAUGCGGCAAUUUUCGGCAGAGUCCGGUAAAUUACGGCAAUCAACCGCAAUUUGUGGCUUUUUUUUACUGUAACACAAUGACGUACUUCAUAUUACAGUAAAAUGCCGUGAAAUCUGCACGUUUACGAUGAAAUACAGUCGAACUUCAUUAACUCGGAUAGUUAGUUUACGUAGGCGCAGAAAUUUCUUGGAAUUUUCGAGUUAAGGGAAGCCCCUUCUUCCUUAAAAAAAAAACUAUAACGCAUGCGCUCUUACAUCUACAUGAAUGAUGUAUAGAUAAAUAUAGACAGGAAUACUAAUGUAUAGUAUCGGGUGGGAGAGAGCGUAGCUCGUAGUGGGGGUCAAGAUUGAGGGGAAGUUCCGAGAUAAUGGAAUCCGAGUUAAUAGAAUUCAACUGUACCGCAAAUUUGCGGUAAAAUACCGGAUUUUUACCGAAAAUUACUUCAGUACUGCCGCAAAUUUACGGUAAAUUACCGCAAUGCCCACCAGGGUUUUCUAAUCUCAUUAUAAACUCAUAAAAUUGUCAAUUCAAAUCAUUUUUGUUUGAAAAGUUUGAAAAAAAAUAUAAAUCCCCAAGAAAAGUCGACACUCAGUUGAAAACUUUUCACUAUUGUAAUUAUUUUACAAUUCCAAAAAUUUUUGACUCAAAAUUCAGAAUUGUCUCAAUUUUUGAAGUUUACUGUCAGGAACAUUUUUGAAACGAAUUUUUUUUAUACGAAAUCUUGCAAAUUUUAUUGAUAACAUUUUGAUUUUUUUAUUAAAAAAAUUAAUAACUUCUUCAAACUCUUAAUUUAUAAAUUAGUCCCAUACAAUUAAAUCCGUGCUCUUAAUUGAUUUCACUAUCAUACGUUUUUUUUUUUUUUUCAAAAUUGACGGCCUAUGAAAAUAGCAAAAUUAAAAAAAAAUUAAAUAGACAAAAUAGACGCAAUUAUUUGGAAAUUGAAAACAAAAAAAAAAGUGGUAAUGGCAAUUAUUUUAAAAAUGUAUAAUCGCUGUAACGAAUCAAACAAUUUGUAUAUAUUAUAUACAACUCAUUAAUUAAAAAUGGUCAUUAUAAGAUUUAAUAUUAAUAAAGUUAAGUAUAAAAUAUAAAUAAAUAUAUAAACGUAAUAAAUGUGCAAACGAAUGACUAAUAUGUCAGGUAUACAGAUAAAAAUUUAAUAUUAUUGUAAACUUUUUGUGUACUAUAUAUAUAAGAAAAAAAAACGAAAAAGUUAAGAAAUCUGAUUAAAAACUUAGAAUCCGAUUGAAAAUCGAUCAGUUUUAAUCUGUCAAUAAAAACACGCAAUAAGUGCCCUCGCGGACUUUAGUUUAAUUUGGAAAAUAAUUCGUUUUUGAAAUUAUUUGCCAUAAAAUUUUUCCAUAGGAUUCAAUUGGUUUCAAUCUGAAUUUUUAAUCAGGGAAAAUUACGGAGGUUUGAUUAACUUUUUUUUUAUAAGAUUAAUACUUUAUGUAUAUAUUAGACUGUGCCAAAUAAAAUUGAUAUUUAUUUUUGGUCCCAUAAGAAAGUUACGUUGAAUGUAACAUAAAAAAAAUUGGGUACUAAAUUGGGUCUUUCAACUGAAGUACAAAACGCGCGCUCGCUUAAAUAAGAUUUCCCAUUUAAAAAAUAUGAAAAUUUUAUUUUUAAGUGAAAUUUUAUAACUCGUACGGAUCAAUAAAUUGGAAUGACCAUCACUUAUUUUUGUAGAGGAUUUAAUGCUUUACAAAAAACGUCUCUUAUAAUUUUGAUAAAUCUAACCGUUCAAAAGUUACUUUUUUACAAAAAUUUCAGCUUUUUUUCCCAAAUGAUUAAUAUGUAAAACCUGUAAUUUUUGUGUGAGUUUGAAAAGUUAUUAAAUAACAUAUUUCAAUUGCAACAAAAAUGAUCAACGAGAAAUGUCCUAUGACAUUUUGUGAUAAAAUUGAUAGUUUUGCUGAAAAAGUAAAAAAAAUGAGAAAUUUACCAGAAAUUUGAAUUUAAGCUCGAAUAACUUUUAAACGGUUAGAUUUAUCAAAAAAUUAUAAGAGACCUUUUUUAUCGAGCAUUUAAUUCUCUACAAAAAUAUGUUAUGGUCGUUUUAAUUUAUCGAUCCGUUAACGAGUUAAAAAAUAAUUUUCCCAUGUUUCUUAAAUGGGAAAUCCUAUUUAAGCGAGCGCGCGUUUUGUAAUUGAGUUGAAGACUCCAACUUAGUACCCAAUUUUUUUUCUUACAUACAAAGUAAGUUUUGUAUGGGACCAAAAAUAAAAAAUCGAUUUUACUUGGCAGUCGAAUAUAUACAGAAAAAAAAUAAUUUCUUGGCGCAAUAAAAAUUUUGCAUUAUAAUUUGAAACAAAAAUUAUCGUAGAUCUAGAAAAAAUUUCCUGACACAAGAAAUUUAUUUUCGCUCCAAAAAACUUUUUCUCGUCCCAAUAAAAUUUUGUUUUCAAUUCAUAACACAAAAAAUUUCUUAGGUCAAGUAAAAAUUUUCUUGGCGCGAGUGAAAAUUUUUUGCGCACAGAAAUCAUUUUUUUUCGUGUACACAACAAUUUAAAAAAAAAAGAUUAAACUUAAAUGCAUUAACAAUUCGGAUAAAUAAUUUUUUAUCUUUAUUAUUAUUAACGCAUUGUAGUUUUUUGUCUGUUUUCUGAGCUUGCAAUUAACGUCACAAAAAAAAAAGUAUCAUCUUAACGAUACAAUAAUUUUGUUAUUAUUAUUAUUAUUAUUAUUAUUAUUAUUAUUAUUAUUAUUAUUAUUAUUAUUAUUAUUAUUAUUAUAAUUAUAAUUAAUAGUCAGAAUUUCUAACUUAAAUUUUUUCCAUGACGUUUUACUAAAAAAAUUUAAAAUAAAUAUAUAAGUUUAAUUAAUAAUUAUAUUAUUAUAUUAAGUAAACAAUUAUUACAAUUACUAAUUAUUAUUGUUCAUCACGAUUAUGUUUACCACGACAAUUAAUAUUUACUAGUGCGUUUGAUGUGAGAAUGUGAUGUAUGCUAAUGUAAAUAAUAAGUUUUGUUCGGUAUGAAAGUAAAUUUAUGGGGAUAGAUAUUUGACAUUUAUUUAUUAUCAAUUAUGAUACCCAACAUUUUAUUACAAUUAAUUAAUU